AUUAAGAUCCGAUAAGCGGCCGAAUCUAAACCGGAUCCCAAACCCGUUAAAGUGAUUUCGAGGUCUAUAAAUACAAGUAACUAGACCUCUUGCGAUUCAUCUUUGCGCGUCUUCCCCAAAUCGUUCAAGGCUCCUAAAAAGAUUUGAGCUCGUUGUCUCGGAAAAGCAAAAAAAAACCUAGCAUAUUCUAGAUUCCCCAUUUUCAACAGCUAAGGUUCAUGUCUGAUCUUGACACCCAGAUUCCCACUCGCUUUGAUCCUUUCGCUGAGGCGAAUGCUGAGAACUCUGGUGCUGGUGCCGGGUCAAAGGAGUACGUACAUGUGCGCACACAGCAGAGAAACGGAAGAAAGAGCCUGACCACUGUGCAGGGGCUGAAGAAAGAAUUCAGCUACAGUAAGAUACUCAAGGACCUCAAGAAGGAAUUCUGCUGCAAUGGUACUGUUGUUGAGGAUCCAGAGUUGGGUCAGGUCAUUCAACUCCAAGGUGAUCAGCGGAAGAAUGUUGCUACUUUUCUAGUUCAGGCUGGCAUUGUGAAGAAGGAUAACAUCAAGAUACACGGUUUCUAAAGGGGCAAUUCAAGCGUUAUUAGUCUAUAUAUAUUCAGUCUAAGUAUUAGGUUCAUGUUCUAUGUGCAUCUUAGCUAAGAAGCGAUGUUACAUUUGGUUGUCUUUUCUUUUCAUUUUUCUUAUGCAAGUUAUGCCUGGAUUUUAAGUAAUUGUUACCUUAAUUUGCUUGUCAUAGAAUGAAUGACCAUGCAUUGCAUUGGCUUCAGGUUA